AUGUUUGAGUCAGAGUCUCAGGACUUUUCCAACGAUUCGGAAUUCUUGGAUGCAUCCCCAAAUACCUUUAGACAAACUAUAAAGGAGCAGUUCCACAACACGCGAGCUACCAGCAACAGUUCUCUAUUUCAAGACCCGGAAAAUUUUGAAGACGUGUCCGAUCAGUUUCCCAUACUGAAAAGUGUUAACCAGGGAGCGGUUGAGAACGUUGAGAAAUUGAGUGGAACGCAUAUUGCUGACGAAGCAGUGCUCUAUCCUCCAGUCAACAGCGAUGGAGUAGGGGUUGGGGUAGAAGUCAACUUGGAGAGUGAGAGAAAGACUGAAGUCUUUGUUAACGACACUAACAAAAACAUUGAAAACACCAGAAACAUUAAUAUAAAAAACAUAGAGAAUGUAGAAAAUGUAGAGAAUGUGGUGAAUACGGUGAAUGUGAGCGGGGACAAUGAACGUAAAAAGAAGAAAAGGUGGAAGUGGAUAUGUUGUCCAAUCUUUUGGCCAUUCUAUUUUUGUUUCUGGCGUGGGGAGGAUAAAACUCUGCCGAUGACAAGAACAGACAUUGAGCUAAAUCAGACAAUCCAGGAUAAACGAAAGAUCCAAAAGAAGCGUAGAAAUUGUUGUUUAAUUAUCCUUUUAAUCAUCAUAAUACUUCUAUUGCUCGGUAACAUGAUUGCGUUGGAUGUUCGAUCUUCCCAACCUCUCCUUAAUUCAGCUAAUUCUACUGCUGCCACCGAUCCUCUUGCUCCUCCUCCCGUUCAAGUCAAGAACGCGGUUUGCAUUUCGCUCUUUAGCGCUUUUGCUUUGCAACCACAACAAUUUCCGUGCGAUUUCUGCACCAGCGAUUCAAAUGCGGCCCCCAACAUCACAGACUUUUGCGUGUUGAAAGGGAUAUGGGCCAAUGCGGUUAACGUGACUUCAAUAGAGACCGUGGCCGGCUGGAUGAAAAACAAUGAAUUUUGUAGAUGGGUUGGGGUGACGUGUGACCAGGGAGGAAGGGUUGUGGCGUUACAAAUGAGCUUUCCAAAUGUACCGAACAUUUUCAUAGACAAUCUGGGCAACUUGGAGAAAUUAUCAACCCUAAAGAUCACGGGCAAUUCUCUAGCUCCAAGCGGCCCGUUUCCAACGAGUCUGUUUAAGCUCAAAAAUCUGGCUACCAUCAGGCUUGAGCUGACUGCUCUCACUAAUAUGCCAGAUACAUUCGAUAAACUGUCUUCCUUGACAUCUUUGCAAUUAAUACGAAAUCCAUCAUUAGGCAAUACAUUCCCGAGUUCCGUUACGUCAUUGUCUUUGAAUACUUUGGCAGUCUCUGGCCAGAACAUAGGAGGUACAAUACCUGAUGGUAUAGGAAAUAGUGCGACUUUGCAAUCAAGUCUGCAAAAUUUGGAUAUGAGCUUUAAUCAGUUUACUGGAACUGUACCGGCCUCGCUUCUGCAACUGAAAUCUUUGACCUCUCUAGUGCUUGGUAGAAAUCAGCUCUCAGGCCCUAUUCCUGCUCUCCCGACAACCCUGACUACGUUGGACCUUAAUACGAAUGCAUUUUCGGGGUCGAUUCCAACCUCGUUGACACAAAUAACUGGGUUGACGUUUUUAUCCUUGCAGGCGAAUUCAUUGACCGGGCCCAUUCCGCCUUCAAUUACGCAGCUAACGAAAUUGACUGAUCUGUCGCUGCAGAGCAAUAAGCUUAGCGGUGGAAUACCUGACGGUAUCGGUAACAUGAACAUACUGAUAUUGAACCUAGCCUCUAAUGCGCUCACAGGCCAGGUGCCGACAUCAAUAUGUCAGAAAUCAUUCAAUACGUGUGAUCUCUCGCUAAACGCACUAACUUCUCCUAUCAAAUGUACUGUUUGUCUUGUUUGA